CCUCACACCAUCCAUCCCCUUUAUUUGCCAAACACCUAUAAAUACGAAGGUAUCAUAGCUGCUCUUCUCCAUCAACUGCUUUCUCUCCCCCUCUCUUUCAUCUACUACACAAAGCUAGCGCACAAGAUGAGAAGAGCUGGAUUUCAGAUGCCCACCUGCACCUCAUGCUUUCUCUUCAUCAUGGCCAUCCAGGCCACGUUCCAAGUAUCGUUGGCUUCCCUAAAAGUCGGCUAUUAUAACCACAAAUGCCGCUCAGCGGAAGCCAUUGUGAGACAGACCGUGCGCCAGGCCAUGGUCCGUAAUCUGGCCAUCGGCGCCGGGCUCGUCAGGAUGCACUUCCAUGACUGUUUUGUUAGGGGCUGCGAUGCUUCGGUCCUUCUCGACUCCACCCCUGGCAAUCCUUCCGAGAAGGAAUCCCCGGCGAAUAACCCGAGCCUACGAGGGUUUGAGGUGAUCGAUGAAGCCAAGUCAAGAAUCGAGUCCGUCUGUCCAUCCACAGUCUCCUGUGCCGAUAUCCUCUCCUUCGCUGCCCGCGACGCCGCCUACUUUGCUGGCGGCAUCAAAUACGCCGUUCCGGCAGGCCGGCGCGACGGAAGAGUCUCCCUCGAAUCCGAAGUCCUUUCCAACAACCUCCCCCCUCCCGUAUUCAACGCUGUUCAGCUCGAGGAGAGCUUCGCUCGAAAAGGACUCACUCUUGAUGAAAUGGUCACGCUCUCGGGAGCCCACUCGUUCGGCGUCUCCCACUGCUCGUCGUUCGCCGAUCGUGUCAACGCCACCGGCCCGCGGGAUCCCACGAUGGACCGCAGAUUUAACGCCUUCUUGAAGUCUAAAUGCUCGCCGGCUGGAAGCGAUCCGACGGUCAACCUGGACGUCGUGACGCCGAAGCGGUUGGACAAUCAGUACUACAAGAACUUGCGGAAGGGCAGAGGGCUGCUGACGUCGGACCAGACCUUGCAAACCAGCGCGCUGACGGCGAGGCUGGUCGCAGCCAAUGCCGAGAGGCCUCGGGCUUGGGCUGCUAAUUUUGCAGCGGCCAUGGUGAAGAUGGGAUCCAUCGAGGUUCUCACUGGAGAUCAGGGUGAGAUCAGGAGGACGUGUAGGUUUGUGAACAAGUUCUAGUUCUUAGUACAUCUCUGCGUUCGGUAACUAGCGUGUUAUUACCUUCUUUCCUUUUUGUUGGAUUGGUUUAUUGAGGAGGACUUAAGUGUAUAUUGCAAAGUUUUUACCAAGCCCUUUUAUUCUUUUUUUUCCUUCCAUAAGAUGGCUGUAUGAAAUAUGACUAAAAUGAUUCAUAAUAAAUUAUAUGCAUUUGU